UGCGUGGAUUGGGUCAUAUAACUCAUUAAAUUUAUCAAUAAUAAUAUAGAAAAAAAAAAUUUAGUAACAAGCCAACUACAAAAGGAAAUAUGGCAAAGGGGUAAUUAUAUUUUUAGGUGUUUGGAAUACAAUCUAAUUAUUUUGUUAAAAAAGCAAAAUUUUAGUUUAUGAAUCUACAGUCUACUAUAGAAUCCUUUACAAGCCAGUCAACCCUCCACACGUUUACUAAUUUUGGAGAUGUUCGCCUUAUAUUUCUUCUGUUCCAAAAUUAUUGUUUAGCAUAGAUUUCAUUUUUAAUUUAAAUUGUACUAAAAAUAAAGUCUAAAACUGGACAAUAAUUUUAAAACAAAGAUUAUGUAUUUCAAGAUUCAUAAGAAUUAGUCUGAAUUUGAUCUAUAACGCACAUAACUAAUUAAGGCACCACAUGAAAUCUUCUCGAACGUGGGCAUUUAUUACUUCAAUUCUCCGGGGAUCACCAUUAGAGAAGUAAACUUCAAUUAGUCAAAUGGAUCCACAUGCAAAAUUGUUCAAAUUAAGGUUUUAGAGGCUUAGAGCAAAAGUCAACCAAUAGAGCAAAACUCAAUCCAGAUAUACAAGACAUUAAUACUGCGCGUUGAAACUUGAAAUUUGACUCGGCCAGACUCACAAAGUCAAAAUGGUAGGAUCAUAUUUCUUGCUGUAUCAGUACUAAAAAAGUGUAAAAACCUCUAGUACAAAUACAUUGCUUCAUUCUCUGAAUUCCCCGAAUUCCCUCAAAUUUUUCAUCUUCGUCAUUUAUUGUUCCCCUGUUUCGCAAAAACAGAGGAAUCCUCGAAUUCAACCUCGUCCCAUGUCCAAAAAAAUUAAAAAUGAACCAUUUUAGCCACCCACAUCAAUUGGAGCUAUGGAGUUUGAGUUUCCAAAUCCAAUCAUCAUCAACAGAUCAACCAUCAUUACCCAUUUGUUCUUGUUGCAAGCUUCAAACAAAUGAACCUCUGUAUUUCUGUAUGUCCUGCAAUUUUUUCAUCCAUUUCGGAUGUACUCGAUUUCCUCAGCUCAUCAGCCACCCUUCUCAUAAAAACCACACCUUGACCCUCCUCCCGACGGCAGCGUACCCCGGCGGCGCGUUCAAUUGCGACGCCUGUAACCGCCAGGGUAAAGGUUUCAGCUACCAUUGCAGCAGCUGCGAGUAUGAUCUUCAUGUGGGAUGUGCUUUUAAGCCUCUUACGAUUACUCAUCAAUUUCAUGCUUGCCCGCUUGAAUUAACCUUCACAAAGCCUUAUGACAAUGCCAAAGGAUUCUCCUGCGAUGUUUGUCAUCGGAUUGGGUUCAAAGAAUGGCUUUACCGAUGCGGGGUGUGUGAAUUCGACGUCCAUUUGGACUGCGCCGCCGCGGCCGCCACCAACCCGGAUCCGCCGGCGGCGGCGGUUCACGACGGCGGACGGCUGGCUGAUCCGUUUUCUCAAAACCCGGUUGUGGAAUCGACGACCCGGUAUUCCUCUCAUGGUCUAUUCCAUCAACAUCAGGUGAUACAGAGUGUUGUUAGUAUGGGCGGAAACACGGUGGCCCACCAUCAAUUUCGGCCUGGGAAUGCGGCGGCGGAAGCGGUUGUGCAUGGACAAGGACAAGUAAUUAUGAGGCCGAACUUUGUUAGCCGGAGCAGUUUGAUGAGUUCAGGUGUCCAAGGAUUUGUUCAAGGUACUAAUUCACAAGGAGUUGGUCAGGAUUUUGUGCAUGGAAUGAUCAACGGUGGUGAUGGUGGUGGCGGUGGCGGAGGAGAUGGAUUGGCAGCCAUAUUUGGAGACUCAUCUAGAGGAAGAACUCAAGAUUAAUAGCAUUUUUUCUAGAUUACAACUCAAAUUAUAGGAGUUGAAUUAUUAUUUUGGUAGCUAAAAGAUUUUCUUACUAUUAUUCAAAUAUAAAAAGAUAUCGGUUUGGAUCUUAUUAACGAGUGUGAUACAUACAUGUUUACCAGAACACCUCAUUAAUAUGUGUUACAACCACUGUGUUUUAUUUUGAUAUUUCACUUUAUUGAAAUAAUUUAAUUUGAAAGACCAAAGUCUAUAAAUCGGAUGAGUUAAUCUUUCAAAUUAGAAAAAUAAUAUGAAAAAUUGAAUGGAAGAUCAUACCUAUUUAUGAAUUCUUCCAUAAUAAAUCUUAAAAGAUAUGUAUAUAUCUCUUUUACCCUAUUAAAGCAGAAAACAUGAUGUUGAUGUGGCAAUUUUUUAUAAAAAUAUUUUGGCUCCAAAUGCACCAUAUUGCAUAAACUAUUCUGCCAC